GACAAGCUGCCUCAGAGGGGUCCUUCCGGUUUUGACGUGACUAGCGCCAGCUGUCAAUGGACGCUAGCAUCACUGCUAUAUUUCCCAGCGCGUCAUUUUUAGAUUUUUCUGCUUUUUUGAUGUUUUCCUGACUCUAUCAUAAUUAUCGCAAAUGUUGGACUUAAACUGAGUUUGAGUGAACUGAUAUGCAAAUAUUUAUUUUGCAUAUUUGAGUUGAACUGCGCUCGGAAUUGAGGUAGCUGUAGCCGGCUAGCUUGUUGUUAGCUGCGUACAGAAAUCUGGUGCAGGCAGGUUUUUGCACCGCAGACACAUAAUAGCUUCUCCUGUUUGGAAGUCAUUGUUCACGGGCGGAAAAGUUCUGUCGUAAAGGACGACUGGAAAGACCAUGCAGGUUUAUCACGGAGCUAACAAAUUACUGCGAAUAUUUAUUGCUUUAAACGAUGCUUUCGUUGCAUUAUGAAUUUAAUUCACUAACGUUGGAACUUCAUGAAUUAAAGUCAUUUGAAAGCUUUUAAUCCUAAAUUACCUUAGGUGUUGUAUUGUAAAAAGUGUAUUUAACAAUUGCGUGAUAUAGUAACUGUCUUUAUAGUCACGUUUGUUUAAGUCAUCAACAUGGAUAAGAAAUCAUUUGACAUUGUUUUGGAUGAGAUAAGGAAGUGUGUUCUGACCGAUCAGCGGAUCAAAGCCAUCGAGCAGGUGCAUGGAUAUUUCUCCAGUGAGCAGGUGACGGAGAUACUGAAAUACUUCUCAUGGGCAGAGCCUCAGAUCAAAGCAGUAAAAGCUCUGCAGCAUAAAAUGGUUGCAAUCCCUACAACCAAAGUUGCAAAUAUCCUGAAUUGCUUCACCUUUUCAAAAGACAGACUGGUUGUCCUGGAACUGAUAGCUUUGAACAUUUCAGAUGCUCAGAAUUACCGUCCUGUGGAGGAUCUGUUUCGCAUACACUUGUCUGAGAAAAAGCGAGCUCGCAGGAUACUGGAGCAGGUGUGUAAGGUUGGCUGCAAGGCUCCUGUAGCCAUGAUAUCCUCCUGUGGUAUGAUACCAGGAAAUCCGUACCCUAAAGGCAGACCUAGUCUAGUCACUGGCACAUUCCCGGGAAUCCCUCCGGUAAAGAAAGAAGGAGAGAAGAAAGAGGACACUUCUAACAGUAUGGAGGGGAAAGGAAUAGCUGCUCGGAUUAUCGGACCAUUCAAACCUUUUCCUUCCAGCUACAACCCUCAUCGGCCUGUGCCCUACCCUAUACCACCGUGCCGACCCCAUGCUACCAUUGCACCAAGUGCAUACAACAACGCAGGCCUUGUUUCUGUGGGAGGGGUUAUAACAGCCAGCGUGCCCCCUCCCCCCUACAACUCCGCCCACAAAGUAGCAGGUUACGCCAAACCAGGCAAUCCACAGAACACCACACCCGGAGUCAACAGCGGACCCCUGCUCAUUCCUCAUGGGUCCACGCCCUCUACCCCUGUCCCACCCCAGGCUUCUCCCGCUCAGCCGCCUCCCACAACCCCCAUCACACCAGUUUUCCCCGGCAUGGUGCCCUCUCACAACCCUAAUGCCCCCUCUCCCUCCCCCGCUCCAUCCCCGUCUGUCAUCAAAGCAGGUCCGCAGACCCCCACUGGCCAUGCUACACCUACACCCUCAUCUGUAAUUAAAGCCCACACCCCCUCAGGAACCCCUUGUGGAACUCCUGUCCCCAACACUGGGGGCUUCUCCUCUUCCCCCUUCCAUGCCAUUUCCCGACCAGGCACCCCUGCCACCUCACGCAGCGGCCCAGACCCCCUAUCUCAGACGAACUCCAUGGGCUCAACUCAGCAGAAGAUUUUUUCCCAGUCUGCAGACCACCAGUCAGGACACACCUUCCAUGGCAUACCCCCACAAGCAGGUAAUCUUUCUGGGUCUGUGAUAAGAAGUUAUACCCCCUCCGGACCACCACUUCUUACUCCUGGAUCUUCCACUCCGAGCUGUUCCACCCCAGGCCCCAGUCCCAAACCCUCCCCAGCCCUCUCUGCACAGGUUCAGGCUUCCAUGGGGCCGGCUGGAGUCCUUCAGAUUGAAGAGCAUCGUGCAGUCUUGAAUAGACACGCCGGGGGUAGCGGCAGUGGCAGCAACAGCCCUGUGCACUCCGCUUUCAAGGGCACCUCUCGCUCUGGCACACCCUCUGUUAGCUCUUUGGUGGUACCAGGUUCUGCACAGGCUGCUCUGGCACGUUCCUUGGGUCUGUCACACCCCUCAGUUUCUCCUCAAGUCUCUCUCCCCAGUCCUGUUGCUAUCACUGGCCUCCAAGCUCUGUCCUCCAGCCCAGCACCCUCUCAUUAUCCUGGCCUGUCCCCAUUUUCCUCCCUUUCUUCCUCUCUCCCUCCUUCCUCCAUGCCUUCAUCAAUAACAGCAAUGCCUCCCGCUACCAACAUCUCCAACCACCCACCAACCUCCAUCUACCCAGGCCUUGCUCCCAACGCCGCCCCCAAUGCCGCCUCACCUUUCGGUCUAGGCCUCACCUCUGCCGCCUCUAUAUUCCCAGGCCUUCCGCCUGGCCCUAGCCCCGCUGGAUUCCCAGGGUUGGGGGUUUCAGGAGGGCACAGUGCUGGGAGCCCUGUGUUGUCUUCAUUCAUGGGACUGCCUGGUGCCACUCCAUCUUCAGUAGCAUCGGCGGCACCACUGCAGGCAGUGGCGGCGGCGGCAGCAGCAGCAGCAGCUGGGGUUCCAUCAUCAUCGCCAGUUUUACCUGGCUUUGCAUCUGCCUUCAGUUCCAGCUUCCAGCCUGGGUUGACCAGCGGUCUCCAGCCUCCAGGAAGCAGCGGGUUUCCCAGCUUGCUGCCCUUCCCCGGAGUGCCAAGCUUCUCUCCUUCCGCCUCUCCUGCUGCCCUUGGGGGCCUCCACAACCCAACUAUGCAGUCUGCUCUGCUGCAGGCUCAUCCCACAUCUGCUUUGGAGAGCUUUCCUUCUCAGCCCAACAGUUUCACCAACUACCCUCCAGGUCCAGGGAACCCCUUCCCCCUCCAACCAGGCCUGCACCCUCAGUUGGGCUGGCAGUGAAACCCACCAUACAUUUUGAAACAUUGAGUAUAUUUACAUGCUGACCUCUAAUGUCACACCCAGCCCUACCCUUUCGCAUUCGACAAGCGUCAUUUGACAGGACAACAGACUGAAGAAUUUCAUAACUGUAUGUUACAGCCAGAGUGAUUCACCACUACGAGGAACACUACAAUGUAAACAGUUAAGAUAGAGUGCAGGGGAGAUGUCUUAUAUUAUUCAUAGUGAACAGUUGUAAAUAUCAGUUGUCAAAGUUGUUUUGUUUUACAAGUAGACUGUGAUUGGUUUUAAUGUUAGCUGGAUUUGGCAGUUGAUCAACAUUAAUACGAGAAUAAUGAAGUGUAGAAAUGUAAAAUAUACAUGAUAUCAUGUAAUGAAUUGACAGUAUCCUCAUGUAGUAUUUCAUGUCCAAAGUGUGAAGGACAUUCUUAUGAUACUGAUUGAUUGCCUUGAAUCAAAUAUUGUAUUAUGUCAUGAAAUCUUUAGCUGACUGGCAUAUCGAGUUGUAUGGUGCAGUCACACUUUGAAGGGCGCACGACAUACAUCUUUUGGUGUGUGAAGAGUGGGACUAUUGUACACAAAAACCCACAUUUGGCAGUUUCACACAUUAUUUGUAUUAUUUUCAAUGAACACUCACUCGGGGCUGUCAACAGUUUACUGUGAUUUACAUUUUGUAUGUUUACAAAAUUCUUUUGCCAGAUGUGACACUGCUAGUACUGCUAUUACAGUAUGUGACCAGACAUAAGGAGCUUUCGGACCGGAGGAACUUUUUUUUAUAGUUCUCAGAACUGUUAGAGGAACUACCCCCUUUUUAUUGUGUCCGCGCUGCAGGGAAUGGGAAUGAUCGUAGUUCUUAGAACACUGUUUUGAGGGACUUUUUUUAGGUCCUACGUCAGGGUAGUUACUCUUCCAGCACAAGAGGAACCUUGAGUGACUUAAGUGUACAGUGAUUGGUCCAACUCUGUUAUUAUCAUGAAACCCACGACACACAACAAACACACAGCUCCGAUCACGACAUCCUCCAUCUUCUUCUUGUAUCUCACACAGAAGUGACGAUAAGUGAUUGCUAUACUUACCACCAGCCAGCUUACGUCACUUCAGCGUUCCUAUUGGCGGUGUGAAUGAAUAGAAAAAAAGCCCUUGAAGGUGUGCAGUUCUCGAGGGAGUCCCCAGAACUGUUUGGUCCGAAAGCGCCUACACUGUAUACAGAUGUUUUUUUGGCAACAACUGAAAACAUUUGUUGAGUUAUGUGACUGUAUUCUUCAGUAAUGCUUUGCAACAUAGUGAAAACUGUAAUUUUACUUGAUUUACUGUACGUACAUCUCAGUAGUACUUCUUACUUACAGGGGUCACUCAAGGACAGUUACUGUAUUGUUUGAAAGUAAUGGACACUUUGUUUGUUACACUGUUUUCUUUUUCUUCUGUUUUGCCCUUUUUUUGUAUUUGCACCUGUUUUAUAAUUUUAGUCAGUAAACUGCCGGUUGCUGUAGCUGUUUCUGUACUGUAUCUCUAUUUUAUGUCAUGCCAUGGCUGUCAGGCAAGCCCCUUAAAUAAAAUUUCUGGAGGUUGACGAAA